AUGCUUCACCUUGAGCGUCCUCCCACCCCUAUACUUACAGCAAUUGUACGUUAUGACGGCAUUCAGAUACCACCCGCCAACCCAGUCAGUUAUAUGGACCGCGCUUUGCCAACGGCUGAGGUGCCAAGCCCUCCCGCACCCAUGCCUAACGAUGACGACCUCAUCGAAGUUAUGCCGGAUCAAUUGGGUUCCACAACUGAUAGCAGCGAGACCGAAUCACCCGACCCAACGGAUGCGCCAAUUCCAACUACCGGCGAGGAGUUUGAUUUUGAAGUCGAACCCGGCACGGCUCAGUGA